UUUUUUUGACCAGCAGAGAGAGAAAGACAACAUGGAGGACAGCUCCUCGAAACAAAUGCCCGAGAAUCUCGACGAUCCUCCAAACAGUCGGCUUUUCGUGAUCACGAGUCGUCGUGUGACAGAAGAUGAGCUUCGGGAAAAUUUCAGUGAUUUUGGUGAAAUCCAGGGGGUCUGGGUGGUCAAAGACAAGCAGACAAAGGAGUCCAAAGGCGUCGCCUACGUCAAGUACGCCAAGUCCUCUCAGGCCUGCUUAGCUAUGGAGGAAAUGCACGGAAAAGUGCUGCUUGAAGGAACUAAACCCAUCAAGGUGUUCAUUGCUCAGUCACGUUCAUCUACAAAACACAGAGAUGUGGAGGAUGAAGACCUGACCAGGAUCUUCAUCAUGAUCCCAAAGACCUUUACAGAGGAGGACCUGAAGAACACGUUCAAAGAGUAUGGAGACAUUGAGUACUGUGUCAUCAUCAAAAACAGGACCACAGGUGAAAGUAAAGGACUCGGCUACGUCAGGUACCACAAGCCCUCCCAAGCUGCCUUCGCCAUAGAGAACUGUGACAAAUCUUACAGGGCCAUCCUGGCUGAGCCUCGAUCCAAGCCUAACACCUCAGAAGAUUACUCUGCAGGAGGAGGAGGAGGAGGAGGAGGAGGACCAGGACUAGGACUAGGCCCAGGCCCAGGACUGGGACCAGGACCAGGACCCAGGAUAGAUUACUUCAACUAUGGUGACUCCAUUAACUGAUUUGUUCUCCUUCCCCAUAAAGCUGCAUGUGUUUAAUGUGGGACUGUGAGGGAACGGGCUGCUCAGUCCUGAAGCCACUUUGGGUCAGACAGUUACCAGUAAACCCACCCAUUGUUUUUAUUUCAUAUUUAUUUCACUCCCUGCAGUCCGACCAGCUGUGAAUGAGCCAAAGAGCAGCAGUCUUUGUCUCGACUCCAUUAAAGACCAGCCAAUCAUGUUAUUGUUAAAUAGUUACAUCUCAUGAAACUACAAUAUAUUGAAAGAGCACUGAUUCUAUAUUUGUGUUGAAUGUUUUGUUCAAUAAAAACUUUGACACUUAACAGAAACCUCAACACAAAGGCACAGAAAGGUGUUUUCUACCACAGCACGGAGCACAGUGGGGUUUUUAGGUCUGAGAGGCUCAGGAUCAAAGUGUGCCCCUCACAACUACACAUGCUGAUAUAUCUGUGUCCUUUAAGUAAAACUGGGCUCUGUCAGCA